AUGCCGAAGCACGAGGUCGAUUACUCGUUAUAUCUGGUGACAGACUCGACGUCCGCUAUUCUUGGCGAUGCGAAUAUAUGCGAAGUAGUUGAAGCCGCUCUAAAGGGUGGCGUCACAUGUGUUCAAUACAGGGACAAAACUAGUGAUACAGGUGUACUGGUAUCAACGGGCCGAAAGCUACACCAGAUCACUAAGAAGUACAAUAUUCCGCUACUUAUCAACGAUCGCAUAGAUGUUGCGCUUGCGAUCGGUUGCGAGGGCGUGCAUAUCGGACAGGAUGAUCUUGAUCUACCGAUAGCUAGAAAGAUCCUAGGAGAAGACGCUAUUAUUGGCGUUACCGUGAGCAACAUUGCUGAAGUAGAAUCUGCGGCUAAAGGAGGCGCUGAUUAUUUGGGGAUUGGGACUGUGUUCGCAACAUCUACAAAAGAAAAUACAAAGAGCAUUAUCGGAGUGGAAGGCCUCCAGGAAAUUCUACUUAGGAUCGCAGCCGAGAACUGGUCCGUAAAGACGGUAUGCAUUGGCGGCAUCAAUGCAUCCAAUGUAUCACGUGUAGUAUGGCAGAGCUCCGGAAAGGGGAAGUCGCUUGACGGCGUUGCAGUUGUGAGCGCCAUUAUGGCAGCCCGAGACCCGGAGACAGCCUCAAGAGAACUCCUCCAGCUAGUCAAAUCACCGCCUGCAUUCGCAAAGUUCGGCGUGACUACAGGCCAGCAGACGAGAUCGCCCCAGGAGCUGCUUGUUCUUGUACCGUCUAUUAUUAAAGCCAUCCACAGCAAGAAACCGCUCUCCCAUAAUAUGACCAAUCUAGUCGUCCAGAACUUCGCUGCCAAUGUUGCGCUAAGUGUUGGCGCCAGCCCUAUCAUGGCGAACUACGGCGAGGAGGCUAGGGAUUUGGCAAAGCUGGGGGGUGCGCUGGUUAUUAAUAUGGGCACGGUUACGCCGGAUGGGUUGACGAAUUAUUUGAAAGCUCUCAAAGCAUACAAUGAUGCAGGACAGCCCGUCGUGUAUGAUCCUGUGGGUGCCGGCGCAACCGCUAUAAGACGAUCGGCUGUCAAGACUAUUCUUGGUGGUGGCUACGUUGACGUCCUCAAGGGCAACCAAUCGGAGGUCCUGUCUUGUGUUCCCGGGGGAUCCAACGUUCAACAACGAGGUGUAGACAGUGGCCCUGGCAACCAGAACCUCCAGGAGCUAGGGUCCGCGAUUAAGGAACUAGCUCGGCUCCGCAGACAUGUCGUUGUAAUGACCGGGAAGACGGAUCUGGUGACGGCCGGGGGGUCAGUGUUCGCAGUUGGAAACGGCCACGAGUACCUAGGAAUGGUGACGGGCACAGGGUGCUGCUUAGGCACAGCCAUCUCAGCUGCAGUCGCAGCGCACCCUAACGACAAGCUUGCCGCGACUAUAACCGCGAUAUUGCACUACGGCAUCGCGGCGGAGCUAGCAGCGGAGAGGCCCGAUGUCAAGGGUCCGGGCACGUUCGUCCCGGCGUUUAUUGAUGAGUUGUAUAACGUGAGGAAAGCUACGGUUAAGGGGAAUGUGGAGUGGUUGAAGAGGGCUAAGGUUACGGUGGUAUCUUGA